UAUAUGUGAAUGACUCUUAUCAUCAUCUUUUAUAUGGAUAGACUGAUACGUAGAGAGAGAAAGUGGACUCAUUAACCAGAGAGAGAGACACAACAAUGGCGUCCUCCGCUACAGCCUCUUCUACGCUAGUGUUAUCCAACGCUGCUUCCUCUGUUCUCCUUCAAGACUUCAACAACCUCUCUCUCUCCUUCAAACCCAAGCCACUCUUCUACACCUCUCCCAAGACUUUUUCUCUCUGCCCACUAGUGUUGCAGUGUAGAGAGAGAAAAUCGUGCAAUUGGGUCGAUGUUUCUUCACCCAAGUAUGGAUCUUACCCGGUUGUUGUGGCUGCUUUGGCUGCUGAAGCAGAGUUAGCGGAAGCUGUGGAAGAGGAAGAGGGGGAUUUGGUAGGUGGAGUUGCUUCAACACCUCCAACAAAGCCCAAGAAAGGCAAAGCUGCAUUGCCACUGAAGAGAGACAGGAGGAGGUCUAAGAGAUUCUUGGAAAUUCAAAAAUUGAGAGAGAACAAGAAGGAAUAUGACAUAAAAACAGCAAUAUCGUUGCUAAAGCAAAUGGCAAGUACGAAGUUUGUGGAAACAGCCGAAGCUCAUUUCCGCCUCAACAUUGAUCCCAAAUAUAAUGAUCAACAGCUGAGAGCAACAGUGAAUUUGCCCAAAGGAACUGGACAAACUGUUAAAGUGGCAGUUCUUACUCAAGGUGAGAGGUUUGAUGAAGCAAAAAGUGCAGGAGCGGAUUUGGUUGGUGGAGAGGAGCUGAUAGAACAGAUAAAAGGAGGAUUCAUGGAUUUUGACAAAUUAAUUGCUACUCCAGAUAUGAUGCCCAAGGUUGCCAGCCUAGGAAAAAUUCUGGGACCUCGAGGACUAAUGCCAAAUCCAAAGGCUGGUACUGUUACGACCAAUGUACCACAGGCUAUUGAGGAAUUCAAAAAGGGGAAAGUUGAAUAUAGAGCAGAUAAAACUGGGAUUGUUCACUUACCCUUCGGAAAGGCAGACUUUUCCGAGGAAGAUCUUCUAGUAAACUUGAUUGCUGCAGUAAAAUCAAUAGAAGCAAACAAACCAUCUGGUGCAAAAGGAGUAUACUGGAAAAGUGCACAUGUAUGCUCAUCGAUGGGGCCUUCCAUCCGUUUAAAUAUAAGGGAGAUGCUUGAUUACAAGCUUCCAUGAAAUUAAUGUCUAAAAGAACAAAACUGCAUCUGUAAAUUUUAUCUUCAAAUGUUCAAAUAGAUUCUUGUGUCCCUGUUAGAGUUUGUUAAUGUUUAGAUGUGGCUAGGACAGACAUGAGGAUGAAGGAAAGAAUGAAACCCUAGAAACUAUUUUCUGAUUGAAAUAGUUCCUGGAGUGUGUAUGGCUGCUUCUCUUACACCAGAUCAGCAAAAUUUUGUGUUACUGUUCAGAUAGUAAUUACAAAAAUUUAUUUUGAUAUCUUGUUUA